AUGGCGAAGAAGACUACCCUUUCACAUGCAGCCAUAGGCGAGCUCAUAGGCACACAAAGUGAUUCGGGCAUCAAUCGUUUCCUUGGCCUCCAGUAUGCUACGCUAAAGGACCAUUUCGCCUCUCCGGAGAUCAAACAUUACCAAGGCGCUGAGAACGUCGAUUGUACAAAACCGGGACCGCAACCUCCUUGUUUCGCCCCUGGGCCCGAGGCCGAGUUUGCGUUCAUCCAGCACAAGCUGGACUACGAUCGAAGUCUGGUGAAAGUGUCGGACAGGGAGUGUCUCAAUCUCAACAUCACCGCUCCGUCAACUUUGAAGAAGGACCAAAAGCUGCCUGUUCUUGUCUUCAUACAUGGCGGCGGGUUCAGCGUUGGCUCACCAUCGGUGCCCCAGUACGAUAUGACCCGUCUGGUGGAGUUGUCUGCAGAAAGCGACAUGGCAAUAAUCGCAGUGUCGAUCGGCUACCGCCUCUCAGCCCCCGGCUUCCUAACCUCCAAAGAACUCCGCGAAGCAGGCUACAAACCCAACAACGGCCUCGGCGACCAACGCACCGCGCUCCAAUGGAUCCAAAAGCACAUCUCCGGCUUCGGCGGCGAUCCAUCCAACGUAACACUCAUGGGCCAGAGCGCUGGCGCCGUCUCAGUAACCUACCACCUCCACGCCUCAGAACGCCUCUUCACCCGCUUCAUCCUCAUGUCAGGCUCCUACCUCUCCCAACCCCCCGCCUCCCUCGCAUCCGCAGAAGAAAACUACACCAAAGCCCUCCAAGCCCUCAACCUCGCCUCCACCCCUCCCAAAGAACGAAUCCCCGCCCUCCUAACCAUGGACCCCCUCGCCCUCUGCACGACGUGCUUCCACGCCGGCGUGCAAGACUCCGCCGUCCUCGACGACGACCUCAUACCCCCCACCCUGACAUUCUCCUCUCUCGCGGACGGCUCCCUCGCCCUCCCAGCUCUGGCGUGGUGCCAAAGCGCCCUGAUAGGAGACUGCCAGUUCGACGGCAAUAUCCGCUCCCUCGCCCUCACGUCUCGCAAAAACGACAUCGCCAAAGAUUUCUGCGAAUCCAUAAAAUCCUCCUUACCCUCCUCCGCCGCCUGGAAACUCCUACAAGCAUACGACCUCCACCCCACCACCACGCCCGACGAAGAAAAAGCCCUCCACGCCAUCCUAGAGAUUUGCACGGAUAUAUAUUUUCUACGCACCCACUCACUACCUCGCGCAGCUGCUUGGGAAGGAAGCUGGAAAGGCGAAGCGGGCCAUAUCCAGGAUUUGAUGUGGGUGUUGAUGAAUCUCGAGGAGGUUCUUGGGGAGGAGCAGAGGGAGCAGGGGAUGGGGUUUGCGAGGAGGGUGGUGGGGUUUGUUAAUGGGAAGGAGGAGGGGAAGGGUUGGGAGAGGUGGCCGGAGGCGUUGGUUGUGGGGCCUGAGGGGAGGGUUGAGGUGAAGAGGGAUGAGGCGCCGGGGAAUGGGCGGAGGGGGGUUGUGUUGGAACUAGCGAGGGAGGUGGGGAUGGAUAGGUUGAGGGAGGCGUUGGGGGCUUUCAUGGCGGGUGGGUAG